AUGAAGAGCAAGUGGUUCUUGGUUUUUACUUUUGUGUCUGCCGUUUAUUCGGCGGCAAUUUAUCAAAAAUCCAUAGAGAUUCCAGUUAAAAUAAUAUACGAUAAAGUUAAUUUCCAAACGGCCAGUUCACGAAACCUCAACUCUUAUUCGUCUGAAUCAAAUGCUGGCAUCAGAAACUUAGAAGAAAAACCUCAACUCUCACCGGGACAAUUGUCCGAAGCUGGUAAGCAUCUUCCAAUUCCCGAUGUCGAUGUACAAACUGCAUUAGAUGAAUUGAGAAGAGAGAAUGUAAAAUCGUCUGUCGAUGAGAUUAAAUAUACCGUUGAUGUAUAUGACGAAAUUGAAAAGAUCGUUUUAAAUGGAGCUAAUGAUAUUAAAACAAACGUUGAAAAUAUUAACGUCGAAACUGGUGAACCGACAAAAGCUGAUGUAUUGAGUAAGGUUAAUGCGACUUUAGAAACUUUUUUGGAAUUUACUAAAAAACUUUCCGAAUCCAAAAAUUAUGUGAAACAAGCCUUGCCCGGCAACUUCCUCAAAGAAGUAAGAAACAAUUUCCAAGCCGCCUCUGCUGAUCUCUUCAAAGAUGUUUCUGCAUCACAAUCUAUAAAACAAACAGCUUCCAACAAUCCAUUUCAAAUGAUCGUUACUCAAAUUCAAAAUAGUUUCCAACAAAUUGCCAACAAUAUUAAUAACAUCAGCAAUCAAGGAGUGACCCAAGGAACCGUUUUAGGAGAUGCUCAACCAACACAGUCUCCAAAUCCAUUCCAAAUUGUACAGUCAGCUGGCCAGCAAUUAGUUCAAAAUAUCAAUAAUAUUAUUAACAGACCAGUUACAUCAGCUCCAGUAGCGGCAGCUGAGAGCGACGAGCAAACAUCUAAGCCAACACAAACAAAUCCAUUACAAACUAUUCAAACCGCAUUACAAAAUUUUAAUCCAUUUCAACAAGGAUCUCAAAACGAAGAAAGCACAAACCAAGGACCACUGCAAUUUCUACAAAAUGCUGGACAGCAAGUUGCCCAAGUUAUAAACAGCGCUAAUCCAUUUACUCAAUCUCCAAAUUCAGAGUCCGACGAAACCUCGUCUUCCCAACCGAACGGUCCAUUCACAUUCCUCCAGAAUGCUGGACAGCAAGUAGUUCAAGCAAUUGGUAAUGCUUUAAAUCCGGGUACCCAAGCGCCAAAUGUCCUAGGAGAUGUGACUACCGUUUCACAACCAGCCGGUCCAUUAUCCAUUUUACAAAAUGCCAGUCAACAAGUUAUACAAGCCAUAAAUAAUGCUAAUCCGUUUAACCCACAAACAACGACCAAACCUGCUGUCGAAAAUGAUCCACUUCCCGAUUCAAGCACAUCUAGACCCAUUUCAUCGAGUGCAGUUCCAGUAAGAAAACCGACUGAAGAAUCUCAGACAGUUGAAGUCUCAAAACCGAUUGAACAAGAGGAAGUGGUGAAACCAACCGAGAUAACAGAAGCUAACGAAAUCGCAGAAGCUGAACCGUUUAGCAAAUCAAAUGAAAUUAAGGAGUCCACAUAA